AUGAAACUCGCAAUUUUUACGCUAGCAUUUGUGGAUCUACAGCCUAGAGGUGAGGGUAAAGAAGCUACAAGUGUAGAUGGGACGAAUAUGAUAUUUUAUAAAAAAAAUACACUUAUUUUAUUAGAAAAUAAAACAUUUUGUUUGCUAGUCAAGGAAAAAAAUAAAUUGAGAUCUAUGAUAGCUCAUUAUUUGAUAUUUGGAUAA